AAACAGAAAGAGAGAGAGAGAGAGAGGGAGAGACAGACAUAUAGAUAGAUAGAUAGAUAGAUAGAGAUAGAAGACGAAAAGAGCUUACCUUUAAGCGGUAUAAUCAUUUUAUCUUAACAUCACAUCAGAUUUGUUCUGAUAAUUUGAUAUAACUUUUUAUAAUUGUCGAAAGGCUCUUGCAUAACGCGACAAUGAUCAUGAAAGUAUCUUCAGUCUCAUUUUCGUUGAAAACGCGUAAACUUGAGAAACGUGUUUCUCGUUCCUUCGUUCGUUCAUUUUGUUGAGUGAGCGCGCGCGCGCGCGUUAGCGUAUACGACAACGAUAGAGAUAGAGAAACAGAAAGAGAGAGAGAGAGAGAGAGAGAGAGAGAGACAGGCAGACAGACAGACAGACAGAAAGAGAUACGAACGUUUCCUGUUAUUUUUUUUUUCUUUUUUUUUUCUUUUUUUUUUUUUAAUAAGGAAUUUUCAACGUAAAGGAACUGCGAAUUGAGUUAGCGCGCCAAUUCGAUCUGACGACAGCGACGAGGACGAUAACGACGUUUACGAUUGGCUCGAUUUUCUCUUUAGUUUUCAACUUGACGACGCACGGUUAAAAUCGACUUUUUUUUUUUUUGACUCGCGCGCAUUUAAAGUUUGUUUUUCCUUUGUUCCUUUUUUAUUUUUCUCUUCGUUUUUUCUUUUCUUUUCUUUUUUUUUUUUUUAUUUUUAUUUUUGUUUUUAACAAUUAGUUUAACCAUCGAACAUUAGUUUAGAGUGUGUAAACGUGUGCGGAUGCGUGUUCGUUGCGUGCGUCUGCGGAUGCGUGUGCUGCGUGUUUCGCGUGUUUCGUCGCGUGCGUACGUGCGUGCAUCCUUUCUACUUUAGAAACGUGCCAUCAUCUCUUUCUCUGGAAAAGUGUCUACCAUUUAUUCAUUCGAAUUGGCUUUGUCGAAAAAAAAAGAGGCGGCGGGAUUUUCAAAUUUAAGCCUAUCGAAUAUUUAACUGUUCUCUUUCUACUUAACUACGUACACAUGCCGAAAUCGGGUUCUAAGUGGAGGUUCUGGAGAAAGCAGAAGAGAUCUCCUUUGGAACAGAAGAAGGAGGAAAAGGAGGAAUCGAAAAAGUGCAAACGAAAACGUGAAGAGGAAACGAAGGAGACCGUGACGAUAAGUCGGAAAAAAGACGAGACUACGAGUACGAGUAAGGAUUGCAAAAGAAAAAUGAUGGAGAAUAUGUUAGCUAAGUGUGAAGCUCGGCUACCAAAAGUCACCCCGAUUACCGACGAUUACGAGAUCAGUAAUCACGUUUUGGGACUUGGUAUUAACGGGAAGGUUGUACAAUGUUACGACAAAAAUACUAGGGAAAAGUAUGCCCUCAAGGUUUUACACGAUUGUGUUAAAGCGAGAAGAGAAGUUGAAUUACAUUGGAGGGCAUCCAAUUGUAGACAUAUUGUCCAAGUAAAGGAUGUAUAUGAAAAUUCGUAUAGUGGAAACAAAUGUUUACUUGUGGUAAUGGAAUGUAUGGAAGGUGGUGAAUUAUUUCAAAGGAUUCAAGAUCGACAGGACAGUGCUUUUACGGAAAGAGAAGCUGCACAAAUAAUGUAUGAAAUAUGUGUAGCGGUAAAACAUCUGCAUGAUAUGAAUAUUGCUCACAGAGAUCUCAAACCGGAAAAUCUUUUAUAUUCCAAACCAGAUAGUACGGGAAUUUUAAAACUAACUGAUUUUGGAUUUGCCAAAGAAACACAUAUGAAGGAUACAUUACAGACUCCUUGUUAUACGCCAUAUUAUGUUGCUCCAGAAGUUCUGGGACCAGAAAAAUAUGAUAAAAGUUGCGAUAUUUGGUCGCUUGGUGUAAUAAUGUAUAUACUAUUAUGCGGCUUUCCACCAUUCUAUAGUAAUCAUGGUUUGGCGAUAUCACCUGGAAUGAAAAAAAGAAUUCGAUUGGGUCAAUAUGAUUUUCCUGCUCCAGAAUGGUCCAAUGUAAGUGUACAAGCUCGUGAUCUCAUUAAAGGAAUGUUAUGCACAGAUCCAGCACAAAGAUUGCAGAUAGACGAAGUGAUGCGCAAUAAAUGGAUUGCCAAAUAUACAGAAGUGCCUCCUACGCCUUUGCACACUGGUCGUGUACUAAGGGAAGGUGAAGAACUUUGGCCCGAAGUACAAGAAGAAAUGACCCGUUCUUUAGCUACAAUGCGGGUAGAUUAUGAUACAGCAAGUCUUAAACAACUCGAUCAUACGAAUAAUCCAUUAUUAAACAAACGUAGACGCGCUAAACAAUCAAGCGCUAUUCCACCUACCGCUAAUCCUACUCCUGCUUCCUAGGAGGAUGCUGUAAGGACCAGACACAACUGGCAUUUUUUGAUACGCAGAUGCAUUAGAUAUAGCAUUAUUACAAUGCGGAUUGUUUUUUGACGACUUGCAUCAUCAUGCAAAGGAAACAAACUUGCAAAAUAAAUUAUUAUUUAAAGAAAAAAGAAAAAAAAAAAAACUGUGUGCAUAUGAGUGCACAUAUACCAUCUAUACGUGAAAGGAUUACAUGCGCUAUUGCCCAAUAUAUCAAGAGUUUUCUUUUCGUUUUCUUUUUUUUUCUUUCUUUCUUUCUUUUUUCUUGUCUUUUUUAAUCAUCGUAAAAUUUUUAAUGUUAAUUAUUUGUACAAUUGUUGUAAAAAAUAUUUUAGAAAAGUUUCUUUUUAAUCAUAGACACAAUAAUGAACUUUUAAUAUCACAUUAUUCUUGGGCAAUAAUAGCAUGUAUCCAUCCAUCAUAAUUCAAUCUGUUUUAACAAUUUAUAAAUAUUUUCGAAACGAUAGAUAAAUAUGGCCUGAUCAAAAUUAUUUUAAACGUUAAUAUUCUAAACGAAAGUAAAGAGUAUAAAAAGAGAAGUUAUGAGUAAAAGAAAAAAAAAAAAAAACAAAAAAAGAGAGAAAAAAAAAUAAAACAAAAAAGAAUAAUAAUAUACAAUACUUGUCGAAGAACUAAUAAGGUAUGUGUAUAAUUUCAUUUGAUAAACAUUUUUCUAACGAUAUAUUUACGCGAUUACGCAUCAACGAUAUAUACAUACAUUAAUUGCUGAAACUUAGUACAAAUUAUUCAAUUUUAUAAAUUUUUCGUUCUAUAACAUAUAAUCUUUUACAAUGGCCUAAUCAUAUAUAUAUAUCCUGGAAAAAGCUUUGAGUGAUUGAAUGUAGAGUAAUAAAGAGCACACAGGUUUAUUGACAGUGAGUAUUUAUGUUCGUAAUAAUAGAUGGCAUUUUAAAAAUAAUAUGUUAGUGUUAUAUAUGUAAUCAUGGUAUAAUAUAUAUUCGAACAUAAUAUCUCUUUACAAAUUUAAAUUCAUUUAUUAUAAUAUAAUUAUGACAACAAUUUACAUCACUUCAUUUUAAACCGUCCAAACUGCAAAGUGUUAGAAACAGAAAAUAAUAUCAAAUUAGAUAUUGUUAAAUAUCAUAUCGCAUUAGUACGAAAUUAAUUUAUAUUGAUCGUAAAAUGAUAACGAGAUUCUAGGAAAAAGUAUUCACUGAAUGGUUAAAAGUCAAUGUAAUUACUUGAUAAAAUAAUAAUUAAUCAAUUUGUUCAGAUGCUUAACACUGAUCUUAUUAACAUCUCACUAUUCUAUGAAUAUUUUCGCCUGUAUACACGAAUUUAUUGUUCCUCUCUUCGACAUUUCACUAAAGUUUUAAGAAUGAAUAAAACCAUAUAGCAUUGAAAAUAUAUUAGAACAAUAAUAGAGAAUAGAAUUAUAUAAAGUAUAAUACUUUAAAGAGUAUAUUUUUACCAAUAUAAAAAAUAUUACUUUAAAUAUAUAUAUAUAUAAUAAUCGUAAUGUUGGUAAACUAAUAUACUUGAAAAAUUAAAGUGAUCAAAUAAAAAUAUAGAUUUUACUUGAUUAUAGCGAAUAAUGUGUGUAUAAAUUUGAUUAUAUUUUAUAUAAAUAAAUUUAGUAUAAAGUUUUAGAAAAAAAAAAAAAAUCAAUAUAUCGUCAAUCAAUAACUAAAUAUUAAGAAACAGAGUAUAGAUCAGACUGUUUAUUUAGAAGUGACUGAUAUCUAUUAAAAGUGUAAAUAUUCUUUAGGAUAUAUAAAAUUUGUAGUUGAGAAAACUGUUCGUAAUAUCAUUGAUUUAUAGAAUUUAUUCAGGGUGGUGCUACUAUCUUCAAAUAUUAAAGAUAUUAUAAAAAAUUA